AGGGAAAAGAUGGCUCAAUCACCGGUACAGUCGUUUUUUCCUUUGCGUGCCACCCGCCACAUCAUAUGCAAUGACAUUGCGACGUUUGUUGCAGCCCGCCGGCUGCUAGCAGAUGGGCAUGCUCAACGUGGUGCAGCUGUGCGUGUGGCACGUUAUGCCGGCGCAGAGUCAAUGCCGCUGGACGUGGUUGGCUGGUUUCAGCCCGCGACCAUGCUGGGAUUGGUGAUGGCAUUUGUGUGGAGCCGCACGCUCUUAGGCUGGGGCGACUGCGGUAGGUGUAACUGGCGAUUCCGCACUAGGGGUUGCGAGCGGGGCGGACUUGGUCCUUUGGAUUCGGGCAGGGACAGUUGCAGAGCCGAUGCGUCGUGGCCAUGUCGCCUUGUAGGCAUACCGCCUCGAGGGCGUAUGCCGUCCUUGCGCGGAUGGCUGCGUCGGGCACCGCCCCGGCCGAAGCGGCUGGGUCUGCAGAAGCUGGGCUCCGAGUCCAGUGAGGACAUGACGGCAGGGAUCCAGUUGCGCCCAGCGACAUCGCUCUCCAGCAUUUGGGAGGCCUACUUGUUCGCAGGCUCCUUUUCGGACAUCCCGGUGGCGCUGCAGCUCCUGGAGUUUCCCCAAGCCUUUUUGGAUUGGCGGAGAAGCGACGGACUCAUCCCAGGUCUUCCAAAUACUCCGCCGGCCAUCGAUCCCAUUUUCAGUCGCAAAGCAGUCCCUGGCUCGGAGGACGAGGUGGUGAGGGCCUGUGAUGAGAUGUUGGACUCCUACGGCGGCGUCCUGCUUGCGGUGUCUGAAUCCGAACUGGUUGGAACACUGGCCGUGCGGGUCAAGUGGCUGCCACAAGCAUGCCACCUUGGAGCAGAUGGUGGCAAUGGCAAGGUGGCAGUGCGCACCGUGCCAUAUGCGCAAGUGCAGGAAGCUCCAGGUUUGGAGCCAGUGGCUUACCUGGAGCAGUUCGCCGUGGCGCCCGCCUGGCGCGGCACCGGGCUGGCGGCGCGCCUGCUCGGCGAGGCGGAGAUCAUGGCGAGGCAGUGGGGCUUGGGCCUCGUGACCUUGCACGUGCAGCGCGACGACUGGCAGCCGCUGCGGUUCUAUCAGAAGCAUGGCUUUGAAAUCACGUCAGAUUGGAUGGGCCGUGGCCCUCAACGAUUUCUGUUGAUGAAGGUGGUGGGAAACGGCUAAUUUGGUAUGUCGGAUGGUUCUGGGCAAGCGGCUGUUCGUGACCGACCACAGCUGAGCUCAACAGUGAUUGCCGCAGUGAUGCUUCGCGAAUGAGAUGGCCAUAGCUCACGUGAUGUCGCCGGAACAUGCUGGAACACAAGUUGGGCUAGGACAAUUGAAAUGGACCUGGCGAGCGUUGGGCGGCUCGUUGG